UUCGUAGGUGCAAAUGCUUUUUCUGAUAAUUUGGCGAAUUUCAAAACGCUUCCACCAUUCACAGAAGCCAUGUUGAGACCGUUAUGCUUCCUUCGACGCUUUAUGACCGACGUGUUAGCGUUUAUGGCGUCGCGGUGACACCUGUUCUCGCCAAGUACCGCCGCGAGUGCGAUGAAAUAUUCCUGAAGAUUCUCAUUUAUCCGAAAGAGAAAGGAAGCAAAAGUAUGGUGGAUCUCAGUGGACCUGACACGCCGUAUCAACACGGCUUCAACAACGUCGUCUUCGUUCUUCCAACGAUAAUAGUCGUCGGUCUUUCCGCCGGCUAAUAGACGGUAUCGAGAGAAAGGUCAAUUUGAUGAGUCGCUCAGCAGCCGUGAUAAGGGAUCCUUCCUAUCUUUAUCUUUUUCUCUGUCUGCCAAUAUUUUUUUUCUCAUAUACACGCUCAUAAACGAGGGGUGAGAGUGGAGAGGAGAGGAAGACAGACUAUAUUCAGAGAGUCUCCUCUUUAUCUGUACCUUGGAAAAUGUCAAGUCGUUCUGGCGAGGUUGAGGCACGCGUCGUUAGAAGCCACGUUGGCAUCUGCUAUCCGAAAUUCUACUAAUCGUAAAGUGCAAACAAUUUCCUCUCAUCAGUGUGGUAGAACGUUUCGUUUUUUUAAAAGCAUAUGCUUACCGACAGAGAGCUUGCGCUCUCUCAUAUGCAAUUUUCGAUGGAACUUGUGCGAUAAAAAUAAAUGUUUAUGAAGAACUUGUUAUGCAAAGAUAAUUCUUUAAAACAUUCGGCAUAUUAAUCGUUGGUGUUCGAUUAAGAUAUGGCCUUGUCGAUUGUGAAUGGGCUUAAGAUGUUCGUUAACGCUUACACCGCUGACAAAAUU